UGAAGAGAAAUUAAAAAAUCACUAUAGUGAGAUCAUAGUGAUGGGAGAUAUGAAUAUGCAGGAUUCAUCUUUCAAGAAAAAAUUAGAUGCAGUUGGUCUAUCAACUGUUCUAAAAUACAAUAGCCAUGAAGGAACUAGAAUUCUUAAAGAUGGCAAACGAUCUAAAAGAAGAAUAGACAUGAUCUUUAGAUUGUUAGAAAAUGAUAAUGAGAACAUCAUUAUAUCAAAAUCUUGGGCACUAAGUGAUCACUUAGUUCUCAAAAGAAAAUUAAAAUUAACUGUUGAUAAGAUCUCUGAACAGUUAGUUUAUGAUAAAAAGAUGCUUGAAAACCACAAAGUGGUUAACAAGCUCAGAAGAAAGCUGAGUAAUCAGCAACUACAAAUGGAUAAUCUCCCCGAGAUUAUAAAACAACAUUGUAUAUCUUUAAAGAUAUACAGAACAAGAAAAGUCCUUAGAGGACUUCCAAUGAGGUGGAGACAUGUUAAGGUCUUCAAACAAAA